GCGGAGCCUGUCCGCGUCAAGUUCUCUGAGACGUCGACUCAGGCAGCCAAACCCAUUUCAAAGAUGGAGCCGCUGAUCACUCGAGUGGAGACGAAGCUGAAAACGGACGAGAGGUUCACUGAUUAUAUAAAGAAAGCCAAACUGAAGAUCAGGGCAGUGACGAAUCCAGGUGACAUGAUGAGGAACGAUGCGUCGAAGACAAGUGAAGCAGAGGCACGUGAUCAUCGUCGUCAGUGCCAUGUCCCUACCGCUAGUGUCUCGAGAGAGCGUAGCAGUGGAAGGUCAUCAGAUCAUUUCUCCGAGUACAUAAGGAAGGCGAAGAUGAAGCUCAGAUCUUCCACCAUCGCUCGUGCGAACCCAACUUACAAGGAUUGAUGAAUUCCCACUAAAUUAUUAUAUGAAUAAUCCA